UGACGCAGCAAGUUUCUGCUCUGAAGCUGCAGUCAAAUCUGACCUCUCUCGUGCUGCCACAGGAGCUGCUGGCCAAGAAAAUUCAUACGUACCUUCAAAACAAUGUCCAAAGCACCCGUCGUCGUCUUCCUCGGGUCUCUUUAGUCGACGAAAAGUAGGUGGCAGUCCUCGCUGUCCUCCAAGCUCUGAGAUAUCUGAGUGAGUGAGUGAGUUCCUCCUUCUCGGCUGCCUAUCUAAUAUCUAGUGCCUAUCCCAAUCUGAACCACAAAAUGGCGGCUGGACAUGCGUGCACAUCGACCUCCUCUCUUUUGCUGGUUUUGAGCUGAACAGGAAGCCGUUGCUCCUCUGAACUGCUGCAGUGAGCAAUCGGAGCAGCAAAUCAACAGGCAGGGUCUCAGCCAUGGGGGAGGUCGCACCUGAGCUGUACACCCAGGAUGGCACCGUGGACAUCAAGGGUAACCCGGCCCUCAAGGAGAACACCGGAAACUGGCGCGCCUGCCCCUACAUCCUCGCGAACGAAUGCUGCGAGCGGCUGGCGUACUACGGCAUGAGCACCAACCUGGUGAACUUCAUGAAGGACCGGAUGGGCAUGGCCAACGCCGUGGCCGCCAACAACGUCACAAACUGGUCGGGCACCUGCUACAUCACGCCCCUCAUCGGCGCCUUCCUCGCCGAUGCCUACCUCGGCCGCUUCUGGACCAUCGCCUCCUUCAUGAUCAUCUACAUCAUCGGCCUCGCCCUGCUCACCAUGGCCACCUCCGUGCCAGGCCUCAUCCCCUUCUGCGCCGACAAGGGGGUCUGCGACCCGACGGCGGGGCAGUCCGCGGCUGUGUUCGUCGCGCUCUAUCUCAUCGCGCUCGGCACGGGUGGCAUCAAGCCCUGCGUGUCCUCGUUCGGGGCCGACCAGUUCGAUGAGCACGAUGACAAGGAGCGCAAGAGCAAGAGCUCCUUCUUUAACUGGUUCUACUUCUCAAUCAACAUCGGCGCGCUGGUGGCGUCGUCGGUGCUGGUGUACGUGCAGACGCACGUCGGCUGGGGCUGGGGCUUCGGCAUCCCAGCGGUUGUCAUGGCGAUCGCCGUGGGCAGCUUCUUCGUCGGCACGCCACUGUACCGCCACCAGCGCCCCGGUGGCAGCCCGCUGACGCGCAUCGCGCAGGUGCUCGUCGCCGCCACGCGCAAGUGGCGCGUGCCCGUGUCCGGCGACGCGCUCUACGAGACCGUUGACAAGGAGUCCGGCAUCGAGGGCAGCCGCAAGCUGGAGCACACCGAGCAGUUCCGGUUCCUCGACAAGGCGGCGGUGGUUGUGGAUACCCCCGCAGACCGAAUGGCGAGUUCGUCGCCGUGGCGGCUGUGCACGGUGACGCAGGUGGAGGAGCUCAAGAGCGUGGUGCGGCUGCUGCCCAUCUGGGCGAGCGGCAUCGUCUUCGCCACCGUGUACGGCCAGAUGAGCACCAUGUUCGUGCUCCAGGGAAACACCCUCGACGCCUCCAUGGGGCCCCACUUCGCCAUCCCCGCCGCGUCCCUCUCCAUCUUCGACACCCUCAGCGUCAUCGCCUGGGUGCCCGUCUACGACCAGAUCCUAGUCCCCGCCGUGCGCUCCUUCACCGGCCGCCCACGCGGCUUCACGCAGCUCCAGCGCAUGGGCAUCGGCCUCGUCGUCUCCAUGUUCGCCAUGCUCGCCGCGGGGGUCCUCGAGCUCGUCCGCCUCCGCUCCAUCGCCACGCACCGCCUCUACGCCAAGGACGACAUCGUGCCCAUCUCCAUCUUCUGGCAGGUGCCGCAGUACUUCAUCAUCGGCGCCGCCGAGGUCUUCACCUUCGUGGGGCAGCUCGAGUUCUUCUACGACCAGGCGCCCGACGCCAUGAGGAGCAUGUGCUCCGCGCUCUCCCUCACCACCGUCGCCCUCGGGAACUACCUCAGCACGCUGCUCGUCACCGUGGUCGCCAAGAUCACCACCAGGGGAGGCAAGGAAGGCUGGAUCCCCGACAACCUCAACGUCGGCCACCUCGACUACUUCUUCUGGCUCCUCGCUGGCCUCAGCCUCGCCAACUUCGCCGUCUACCUCCUCAUAGCGAGCUGGUACACCUACAAGAAGACCGCCGAAUACCCGCCGCCUGAUGCCGUCAAAGGAUCGGCUUCUGCUGACGGUCAUCAAUACCCUCAUGCCGUCAAAGGAUCAUCAGCUGGUGUGCAUGAUGAGUGACUGAUACCUUCGGUUCUUGUCUGAAUGUGUAUGCAUCCAUACGUGUGUUCGGGUAUUAAAAGAUAUAUGACAGAAGAAUAGGUUCUUGAAAGACGAUGGAAUUCAAGGAUUAGUUGGUGCUUGAGAACCUCGAGAGUUAUUCAAAUAGGGGAAAUUAAUUAAAGGUGUAAUUUGUAACAUGAACAAUGCUUGUGUUGUUAAUUAAUUCUAGUGUCAUGGAAAA